CACAACAACAACAACAACAACCAUGGCCGCAGCUGGGGCUGACGGUGGCAUGAAGCCCCUUCAAAAUGCCAUGAAAAUAGCUAAAGUGGCUAUACAAUUGGACGCAGGGAACCGACAUAAGGAAGCUUACUGUGCAUACUUGAGGAGUAUCAACUUCAUCUCCCACUCACUUUUGGAGGAUGCUGUAUCGAGGAAGGGAGAGAUGGUAGCAGUAGAGGUGGAAAAGAUGUUGAGGCUGGCUGAGCAGUGUUUGGAGAGAGCCAAGUCCUCCUUCAUAGGAAGGAGAGAUGACCCCCCAACCCCUACCUCCUACACUACACCUACCAACUCAGCAGCACUCAGCCUGACCACAACCUUAGCCCCGUCUGUUGCAGUAAGCCCUGGAAAGAUUGUUUCGCCACAACCACAAGAUCUCGUUAUUGACUCGGGGCCUAAACAUAACCCCAGGCCUGGACAGCGCAGAGUUCUCUCUGAGGGUGGAGGGGAGGUCACCCCCUUCCUGCCCCCAGAAGUCUUCCAGAGGUUGCAGACAGUGGAGUCACAGGAUACCAGGAAGGAGCUUACACCCAUAGAGGAGGCCUCACGGUUGAACCAGAAGUUGAAAGAAAAUUAUGAAGCUCGUCUGGCCCGACUCCCCCCUGCUCAGGCCCGUACACAGAAGACUUCUCUGACUCUCUCUCUUCAGAGGCAGAUGAUGGAGAACCUGAUCAUUGCCAAGGCCAGGCAAGAUGCUGUCCAAAGGAAGAUGGAGGAGAGGAGACUGAGGCUACAGGAGGAGGCCAACAGGAGGUUUGCCGCAUCUGGAACAAUUACUGCAGAAGAACAGGAGCAACGUGUUCUGUACACAAAUGUUUUGGAAUAUGAACAAGAUCAUGACUGGCCCAAGCUUUGGAAAGCCAACCUUAAGAAAAAUCCUGGUGAUGCCACAUUGGUGUCCGGCCUUGUUUCAUGUCUUCUCAGCUGUCCAGACCACCCUGUGAUGAAGCUACUGAAAAGGCUCCAGUACAGAGUUUACAACAGGCUCUACCCAAUCGUGAGUAAGAGUCUACCUGCAAGUCCUGCCCUGCCCAUGAAACCCUCCCACAGCGCUCAGAGCCUGUUGAUCUCAGACUCUCAUCAGAACGUGUCAAAAUCUGAAGUGGACCACAGUAUGUCGUCCGAUGCCUCUCUCAAUAUCUCCUUCUCCCAUGACCAUAUUGCUAACGAGGAGUUGGAUAGUGAUGGGCCCCAUACACUGGACAGGGAGAAUUCGUUUGAGGAUCUGGAGCAGUUCCUGACGCAGCUGGACUGGGCUCCCUCCCAUGGGGACCCUGACGUGACCUUUGAACCGUCACUGUUGGAUCAGGAGGAGUCUCUCGUUCAAGACUUGGAGAUGCGUGAUCUCAAAGAACACCUCAAGGCUAUUGUGAAGGACAUCCAUAUUGCCAUUGAUCAACUUUUGUCGCUAUGUCUGCUCUCCUUUGAGUGUCUGAACACAGCCAGUUCUAAGGACCUGUGUGUGGCCAGCAUAGAAGAAGCCUUCUUUACUCCCCUCUGGAGCCCUCUGUUGGCUCUCUUCAGGAAGGUCCACAGAGAGAGGGAGCUGUCCUUUGAGUCCAGUAUGAUACUAUAUCGGGACAUCUCACCUGGUGACGUUGGUGUCGCAUCGAAACUGUACCCCCAGGACCCUGUCAUGCUGCAUGGUUCCUACCCCUAUGAAUCGGCAGUGCAGGAGCUUCGCUUGCUGUGCGGAGAUUGCUGUCCCCAGAGAAAGCUUGAGUGCAUUGUUCGGACGUUGCGUCUGAUCUGUGCUUGUGCUCAAGACUACUGCUGCCUUCAUGAGGCAGAAUCCAAAACUGCAGCCAUUGGGGCAGAUGACUUGUUGCCCAUCCUCUCCUAUGUGGCUCUGCACUGUGAGCUGCCUCAGCUGGUUUCAGAGUGUGCUGCCCUGGAGGAGUUCAUUCAUGAAGGGUAUCUGAUUGGAGAGGAGGGCUACUGCUUGACCUCCAUGCAAAGUGCUCUGCAAUAUGUGGAGUCAUUGCACACAGGAGGAUUUCAGCUGCACAACACUAAACUCACCUGAUACAGGCUGCUGCUUUGAAAUGGAAACCAGUAUUCCCUGUGUUGCAGUGCUCUGGAGUGGCAGUGCCUGUUAGCUGCAGACUGGACCACCGUUCAACUUAAUUCAGUGUUCUGUGCAAGAAAUGACUGACUUUCAAAUUAAUUUUCUUAUUUGAAAGUGAUCCAUAUUGAACUGUGCAUUUAUGCAACAAUGGUUCUGAUGGGCUGGACCUGGUUUCCAAGUUCUGUUUCUGUUCAGCCAGGUGAUUUGACAUAGUCUGAUUGAUUGUUACCUGGACUAGCUCCAAUGUGGAAUUUCUUUGCUUAUGACUCCCCUUAUUUGAGGGGCAUUUAGGUCAAGUGCUUGAAGCUUUGUCAUACGUCAACCUAAAGUCUGCAAAAUAUUUUAUCACACUUGUCCAAUAUUGCUCAGUUUUAUUGCUUUCAGUUAGGAACUGACCCUGUAAUUUUAUUAAAUUAAUGUCUGAAACAUUACUAUGUACUACCGUAGAGCAACAUCUCUCUUUUGAAACUAAAAAAAAUGCAUGGAUUGAUAAAUUAUUUUGUAAAUGCUAACAGUAUAUUAUAAGAAUAAUUUAUUUUAGUUGUUUAGAUUCCAGUUACAUUUUUAUGCUUGCAUUCAGGAUAUGUUUUAAGGUAAUGCACACAUGUUGCUAAAGAACUAGGUUGGUGUGAGUGAUUGAAACGUUGCUAUGUAUUGUGUUUCCUGAGAAUGUGUGUCCAUGCAAGAAUUUGUGAGGACAAUGCCGCUGAAAAAGUGCAUGCGAAAUUGAGAUAUGGGCCCCCCAACAAAACAUUUUGGGACCAUGAUAAGAACUAAUUUACUGUCUAAUUAGUAAUUACCUCUAAAUAUUUGCCCACAAGUUAUCUUUUGUAUUUUGUGCAUUUGGGUGGCUGGAGUUAGAGGUGAUUCAGACAGGGUUAUGGUUAAUCGCUCUUUUGGAGUAUCUUAGAGCACAGGGGGAAAAAUUGGCGAUACUUUUUAAUUUAAUUAAAGCUUUUUCACUUUAGGUUUGUCCCACUUCUGAAAGCCUCAUCAGUUAAACUAAUUCACUAAGUGCGAAGAUAUGAAGGGUUUUGCUACUAUGGUUGAACAUUUUCACAACAUGUUUUAUAAUUACAGAAUUUAACAUUCAUUUAUCAUGAACUGGUGUCAGUACAGUAUUAGGUUGAGGUUAAAAGGGGGAGGGUGGUGGAUUUAAGGGAGUGUUUCUACCAGGCUCUAACAGUCACUCAAAGCACUGACUAUAAGGCAAUAGUUGCGUUCCAGGCUGACUACAUUGCAGACACAUGUCAGAUCUAGAUGGGUGUUUUAAUAUAUCCGCUAACCAAAUCGUAUGAUAUUGCAAUCUGAUGGCAAACUGCACAGUUGAUGACGAAGCACGCAACCAUUUGUUGAUGCAAUGCAACGUCUGUGACGUAGUCGGCCUGGAACGCGUCCAGUGUCUUCUCCUCUGCACAUCUAUAUGAAAACACAGAGCACGGACAACUCUUAAUACCUGGUUUAUUGACUCAAUUACAUUUUUAUUCAUACUGUUGUUUUUUAUGCUGUAUUUUUUCUAUUUAAUACUUUUUAUUUGGUCUGUUAAAGAAAUUAAUGGGUCCAAAAGAUGUGAAAAAAAAUUGUUUUGACAUGCUAAAAUAAGUGUACCACCUGCUGUCAGCAUUCUGUCUUUUGAAACCAUCUGUGAAAAUUGUAACACCAAAAAUGUGCUAAUAUGUAUAUAUUUAUGUGAGAGGGAAGUAUAUAAAUAAUAUAAUGGACAUAAUGGGAUGUAAUGUAUGCUGUUGUAUGUCACACAGUACGUGAACCACUACAUUGACUCAACUAAUUAUGACCUGUUUUAGUUUUUUUGCUCUUGAAGACAUAUGAACAUGUAUGUUGAUUAGAGAGUCAGAUUCAAUAUGCUAUUUUAUUGGAGAAACCCCCAUAGACAAUCAUAAUCUGUGUGGGGAGUCUUAGACUGGGUUAUUAUAAAUGUGUGUGUGGUCCUGGACGUUUAUAACAAUAAAGAAGUUGAGGAAAAA